AAGUUACCCAAUGUCUGUGGUGUCGACAAGACUCUACAAUUAUUGGUCGACAUAAAACAAAAAGAUGUUCAAAACCUGAAAGUAAAGCCAUCAUUCACAGAAUAGCUUAUAACUACUCAUUUCAUCAUAAUAUUAACCCUGCAAGGCACUUGACGUGCACUGAGCUGCAUUACAAAUGCAUUCCACGCCCUUUCUUAAUUCCUACCAUAUAUGGCAGCAACAUUGGUUGGUGGUGCUCUUCUUUCUGCUUUCCUUCAGGUUGCAUUUGACAGACUUGCUUCUCGUCAAGUUCUGUACUUCUUUCGUGAAAAAAAACUUGAUGAGAACCUAUUGAAGAAGUUGAAGAGAAAGCUGCGAUCCAUCCAUGCUUUUGCUGAUGAUGCAGAACUACAACAGUUCAGAGAUCAACAUGUGAGAGCAUGGCUUGUUGAUGUCAAAGAGGUUGUGUUUGAAGCUGAGGAUUUGCUGGAUGAAAUUUAUGAACUCUCCAAAUGCCAAGUGGAAGCUGAAUCUCAGGCUCAAAGCAUUGAUGACAAGGUGUGGAAUUUCAAUUUCUCUAUAUCUCCUAUCAGUUUGCUCAACAAUGAAAAUGAAAUUGAAACCAGGAUGACACAAGUCCUUGAUGACUUGGAUGAACUUGCUAACGAAGGCACUCAUCUAGGUUUGAAAAAGGCUAGUGGUGCUGGGUUUGGAUCAGUAAAGGGUAGUAUAGUGUUACAGAAAUCACCAUCAACAUCUUUGUUGAGUGAAAGUGUUAUUUAUGGUAGGAAUGAUGAUAAGGAAAAUAUCAUUAGCUGGCUCACUUCUAACACUGAUAACAAGCUAUCAGUACUUACAAUUGUGGGUAUGGGUGGGUUGGGUAAGACCACACUUGUCCAACAUGUGUACAAUGAUCCAAGGAUAGGGGGUUACUUUAAUCUCAAAGCUUGGGUCUGUGUUUCCAAGGAUUUUAAUGUUUUCAACUUAUCAAGAGCAAUUCUUGACACAGUUACCAAGUCAGUUGAUAAUAGUAGAGAGCUAGAAAUAGUUCAUGCAAGACUGAAAGAAAAAUUGUCAGGAAAUAGAUUUCUUCUCGUUUUAGAUGAUGUUUGGAACGAAAACCGACUUAAAUGGGAAGAAGUGCAAAAAUCUCUUCUUUUGGGGGCUCAGGGAAGUAGGAUCCUUGUCACGGCACGCAGCACGAAAGUGGCUUCUGCCAUGAGGUCAGAAAUACACUUCCUGAAGCAAUUACAAGAAGAUCAUAGCUGGCAGUUGUUUGCAGAACAUGCAUUCUCGAAUGAUAGUUCUCCACCUACUCCGGACUACAAAGAGAUUGGUACAAAGAUAGUUGGAAAAUGUGGAGGACUUCCUCUUGCCUUAAAAACAAUAGCAAGUUUAUUACAAAACAAAUCAGUUUUGGAAUGGAAAAACAUAUUGCAAAGUGAGAUAUGGGAUUUAGAGCAAAGUGAUAUUAUCCCAGCUUUAGCUCUAAGCUAUCACCACCUUCCUUCCCAUCUCAAAAGAUGCUUUGCUUAUUGUGCCAUAUUCCCCAAAGAUCACAAAUUUGACAAGGAUAGUUUGAUUCAGUUGUGGAUGGCUCAAAAUUUUCUUCAAUGUUGUCAACAUAGUGCAAGCCCAGAAGAAGUUGGUGAGCAGUACUUCAAUGAUCUAUUAUCUAGGUCCUUCUUUCAACAUUAUGCUGAAUUUGAAUCAUUGCCUGAACUCAUUCCAUCUCUUCAUGAGCUAUAUAUACAAGAUUGUCCAAAAGUUGAGUCAUUCCCUAAGGGAGGUUUGCCAUCAAAUCUAAAAAAGAUAUCUCUCUAUAAUUGCUCCAAACUUAUAGCAUCACUCAAAGGGGCUGUUGGAGCCAAUCCUUCUCUAGAAUCCCUGUGCAUUGGAGAGUUGGAUGUUGAGUAUUUUCCUAAUGAAGGUUUUCUGUCACCCUCUCUUGUUUUAUGCAUCUCUGGUUUUCCUAAUCUUACAAGACUCAACUACAAUGCUCUUUGGCACAUGUCCUCUCUCAAGAUAUUGGUUCUGGAAGACUGCCCCAACCUCCAAUGCUUGCCACAGGAGGGUCUACCCAAAUCCAUUUCAUAUCUUAAAAUUUUUGGCAAUUGUCCAUUGCUCAAACAACUUUGCCAGAAACCAAAAGGUGAAUAUUAUGGAAAGAUUGCUCACGUUGAAAAAGUGAUUAUAGGGUAGUGAUGUUGAUUUUUGAAAAGGAUAAAACAUGUUCUUAGUCUUUUGUAACCCUUUUUAAAUGUUAUCUAAAUUAUUUUUACUUUUUUUUAUAUAUAUAUUAGCGUUGGCUCAA